CUUCACCAUGACUCGUCGGGUCUAUUUUAAAAGCAGAAAUAGCCAGUGGUCAUUGCAGGUAUUCUUCAAGCGUGUCAGGUCCAACAUUGGUCAGACCCUACGAGCCUCGGUCACUGUGAGUUUGCUGCAGCAGGACGCUGACGAAGCUACGUCCGACGCAGCAACGGCGGCGGUAACUCUAGCACCUGUGCUAGACACAUUCUCCGCCAGCAACACCUACGUCACCAAUACAACACUGGUCUGCCCAGACAACCGUACCUGCUUCGCUAGUCCAGACCUUCAUCUGGUAGCAUCCUCACAUCCAUUUACACUGGGGGAGAAGUCUGUGUUGGUGGAGGUGCAGCUCCAGGUUCACCACGACCCCGGCUACCAGGUCAAGGUGGAGGUGAGACAUCCUGAAGGACUGGAGUACAUGCGGGUGGAGGGUAAAGGAAGUCUUCCUUUCUGCAGCGACCAGAAGCUCGUCAACCAGAUCGCCAGCAGCUUCGUCUGUGUCUUCGACUUUAUUGAUCCUGAUGUAAUUGUGAACUUCACACUUGUCUUCGAGAUGAGAGCCGUGCAGGUGCUGGACUACCUCACUACCAACAACCUCACCUUCCUCACACUCAACCUCCACGUCACCAGUGACACAGACACAGAGAAUAACACACUCAACAACGACGCCACCGUCAUCAUACCUGUCAUUACCAAGGCCAUCCUAUACACCAAGGCGUACUCGUUGCUGGAGAGUACGACGGUGAUGGUGAACCAGACGGCCUCCAGUGAGGACCUGCAGAAGGCCAUGAAGGAUCCCAACACCUCGUCCUUCUCGGUGGACAAGCUUGGUCCUCACUUGCUCCACGAGUUCUCUCUCACCAACCGUGGCCCGAGUCCCGUCAGAGGGGCCAAGCUAAGGUUCCAGCUGCCACUGUACCGGAGUGACCACCUACUCACCUACUAUAUGGGUCAACCUGCCACCACACCUCACGUCACCUGUACAACCAUCACAACCAACCCUUAUAACCUGCAGACUUCCAGUUCGUCUCUGCCGAGCGUCUUCAAGAGAUCCACUGUCUUGCCAUCUGUCACCGCUGCCACCACAACUACUCUUGAUAACACUACCUCUGUCACCACCACUUCUGAGGACUUUACUUUUGCCACCCAUGUUUAUGAUAUCGACGACGGCACCACCAGUUGGCCGGAAACUCUCCAGAUGCGGCAUCGUCGUCAGGUCCACCUUGAGGAAGAGGAGGAGGAGGAGGCUGAGGGAGACCAGCUCAUCACACCAGCCUCGGCUUUCACCUCACAACCCUUCCAAGGGAGGUAAGUGUUACCUGUUUGU